UGUAGUGACUUGAGGGAAUGAAGUGACGAUGUCUCAAGCCCCCGGCGGCAAAAAGGGGGGCAAGGGCCCGCCGAAGAAGAUCCCUGAUGAGGACAAGGGCGCUGCGGCGAAGGCGGAGGAGAAAGAUGAGACAUCUUCCAACAAUGGAGACAAGAAGGAGACGAAGGAGCCAAAUGGGGAGAACGUUCCGAAGCCCCCGAGUGCGGGGGUCAACAUGCGGGAUGCAGCCGCUAAGGUGCUGGUGCUGGCACAGAAGGCGGAGUGGUCCGCCGUGGAGCAGACCCUCAAGGUUCUGGAGAAGCUGGUGGCGGCAGGGGGAGAGGACACCGUCACCGUGCCAAUGGCUGGGAUCCUCGACCCGUCGACGGGCAUGACACCGCUAAUGUAUGCAGUGAAGGACAACCGCACCUCGUUCGUCGAGCGGCUCAUCGAACUCGGCUCCGAUGUCGGCGCUAGGAAUAAUGACAACUACAAUGUGCUGCAUAUAUCGGCUAUGUACUCGAGGGAAGACAUCGUCAAACUACUACUGUCCAAAAGAGGAGUUGAUCCUUUCGCCACUGGAGGGAGUCGUCAACAAACAGCAGUCCACCUGGUGGCCAGCAGACAGACUGGCACAGCUACCAGCAUCCUGCGAGCCCUGCUCACAGCCGCGGGGAAGGACAUACGUCUCCGACCUGAUGGGAGGGGGAAGAUCCCGCUACUGCUGGCGGUGGAGGCCGGCAACCAGAGUAUGGUACGCGAGCUGCUCAGCGCGCAGACCGCCGAGCAACUCAAGGCGUCGACUCCUGCCGGCGACACGGCCCUGCACCUAGCAGCCAGGAGACGUGACGUAGACAUGGCGAGGAUCCUGGUAGACUAUGGGGCCCUGGUAGAUGCUGUCAACGGCGCUGGUCAAACCCCCCUACACAUCGCCGCCGCGGAGGGAGAUGAACCUCUGGUCAAAUAUUUCUACGGAGUCAGAGCUAAUGCUGGCAUUGCUGAUAAUGAAGAUCGGACUCCAAUGCAUUUAGCAGCAGAGAACGGACACGCGGGCAUCAUCGAGCUUCUAGCUGAUAAGUUCAAGGCAUCCAUUUUCGAGAGGACCAAGGACGGAAGCACUCUCAUGCACAUUGCUUCCCUCAACGGACACGCGGAUUGCGCCAUGAUGCUCUUCAAGAAAGGAGUGUACCUUCACAUGCCAAAUAAGGACGGAGCCAGGAGUAUACACACUGCAGCACGAUACGGCCACGUGGGGAUCAUAAACACGCUACUACAGAAAGGAGAAAGUGUAGAUGUUACUACCAAUGAUAACUAUACCGCUCUCCACAUAGCAGUGGAGUCGUGCAAGCCGGCAGUAGUAGAGACUCUGCUGGGGUACGGAGCUGAUGUCCACGUGAGAGGAGGCAAGCAGCGGGAGACGGCGCUGCAUAUCGCCGCUAGGAUACCUGAAGGUGAUAAAUGUGCGUUGAUGCUGCUGAAGUCAGGAGCAGGGCCAAACAAAGCCACAGAAGAUGGUAUGACGCCGGUACACGUGGCAGCCAAGUUUGGAAACCUCGGAACACUGCUACUCUUGUUAGAAGACGGCGGAGACCCUUUGAGGAAAACCAAGUCCGGUGAAACCCCUCUUCACAUGGCGUGUCGAAGUUGUCAGCCAGAUGUGGUCCGGCACCUCAUAGAGUUCGUCAAAGACAGUAAAGGCGAAAGUGUUGCUACUUCAUAUAUCGACACGGUCGACGAAGAUGGCGCCAGUGCCUUACAUUAUUCGUGCAAAAUUACCAAAGAAGAAGUCAAAAUACCUUCAGCAGACAGAGAAGUUGUGAAAUGUCUUAUUGAAAAUAAUGCUGAUGUCAACUUACAAACAAAGCACAACCACGAAUCGGCAUUCCACUUCUGUGCAAUGGCUGGUAACAAUGAGGUCAUGGUAGAAAUGCUCCAACACAUGUCAGCUUCUGACGUCGGAAGAGCGUUGAACAGGCAAAACUCUAUAGGCUGGACUCCUUUGCUUAUCGCUUGUCACCGAGGGCACAUGGAACUUGUCAACACUUUGCUCUCUAACCAUGCUAGAGUGGACGUAUUCGAUAUCGAAGGUCGCUCAGCUUUACACUUGGCUGCUGAACACGGCUAUUUGCAAGUUUGUGACGCGUUGUUAACAAAUAAAGCCUUCAUUAACUCAAAAGCAAGAAACGGUCGAACGGCUCUGCAUCUAGCCGCGAUGAACGGUUAUACACAUUUAGUGAAGUUUCUAAUAAGAGACCACAAUGCUGUGAUAGACGUUCUCACGUUAAAAAAGCAGACCCCUUUACAUUUAGCUGCAGCCAGUGGUCAGAUAGAAGUGUGUAAACUUCUACUUGAGCUUGGCGCUAAUAUUGAUGCCACUGAUGAAUCGGGUGAAAAGCCUAUACAUGCAGCGGCGCAGAAUAACAAUUCUGAAGUAGUGCAGCUAUUUCUACAGCAACAUCCUAACUUAGUAAUGGCGACAACAAAGGAUGGCAAUACUUGUGCUCACAUUGCUGCAAUUCAGGGUUCAGUGAAAGUGAUUGAAGAACUGAUGAAGUUUGAUAGGACUGGUGUUAUAAGUGCGCGGAAUAAACUUAAUGACUCUACAGCGUUGCAAUUAGCUGCUGAAGGAGGUCACGCGGACGUAGUAAGGACUUUAGUAAGAGCUGGUGCGUCGUGUACAGACGAGAACAGGCAAGGACUGACGGCUGUGCAUCUAGCAGCGCAGUUUGGCCACACCAAUGUGUUAGAAGUGAUGCGCUCCACUAACACUCUCAGAACGUCGAGCAAAAAGCUUGGACUAACGCCGCUUCAUAUUGCAGCUUAUUAUGGACAAGCAGAGACUGUAAGAGAACUGUUGUCUCAUGUGCCUGGGACGGUCAAAUCCGAGGCCCCGACAGGGACGUCUCUAGUGCCAGAACUUGGAGCGGAGUCAGGCCUAACUCCGUUACACCUGGCCGCGUAUAAUGGCAACGAGAAUGUCGUCAGGUUACUGCUUAACUCCGCCGGGGUGCAGGCUGAUGCUUCUACUACUGAAAACGGAUUCAAUCCAUUACAUUUGGCUUGCUUCGGAGGUCACAUGUCCAUCGUCGGUCUAUUACUAAGUAGAUCAGCAGAGUUGCUUCAAAGCACAGACAGGCACGGAAAAACUGGUCUUCACAUAGCAUCAACUCAUGGACACUACCAGAUGGUUGAAGUAUUACUUGGGCAAGGAGCUGAAAUCAAUGCCACGGACAAAAAUGGAUGGACCCCAUUACAUUGUGCCGCAAAAGCUGGUCAUCUAAAUGUUGUAAAGCUACUUUGUGAAUCAGGAGCGUCACCGAAAAGUGAGACCAAUCUAAACUGCGCCCCCAUCUGGUUCGCUGCGUCAGAGAACCACAACGAUGUAUUAGAAUACUUGCUUCAUAAAGAACACGAUACCCAGUCACUUAUGGAUGACAAAAGGUUUGUUUACAACCUCAUGGUGUGUUCAAAGAAUCACAACAAUAUUCCCAUUGAGGAAUUCGUACUGGUGUCGCCGGCGCCUGUUGAUACAGCUGCGAAGUUAUCCAAUAUUUAUAUCAUCUUGUCCACUAAGGAAAAGGAGCGUGCCAAAGACCUCAUAGCUGCGGGGAAACAAUGCGAAGCGAUGGCCACUGAACUGCUGGCGCUCGCCGCUGGCGCUGACUCAGCCGGACACAUCCUCACCGCUACUGAUAACCGCAAUAUUGAGUUUUUAGACGUGCUUAUAGAGAAUGAGCAAAAAGAAGUCAUAGCGCACACUGUUGUCCAGAGAUAUCUUCAGGAACUCUGGAGGGGGGCCCUCAAAUGGUCGGGCGUCAGAAUCAUGUUCCUUUUUUUCGCGUUUAUAAUUUGUCCACCAGUUUGGCUGGUUUUUUCUCUUCAAGUAGGCCAUAAAUACAAUAAGGUUCCAAUAAUUAAGUUCAUGUCAUAUUUAACUUCACACAUAUAUCUUAUGAUAUUAUUAGCGCUCGUAGCGAUAACUCCUAUACAUAGUUCUAUAUUCAGGCUGAGUUUAGUACCUAGGUGGUAUGAGUGGUUAUUGCUCAUCUGGUUGAGCGGCCUCCUUCUCUUUGAGCUUACUAAUCCUAGUGACAAAUCAGGGUUGGGUUGGAUCAAAAUAGCGGUAUUAUUGUUAGGAAUGAUAGGUGUAGCCACUCACGUAGUUGGGUGGAUUUUUGUUCAACCGAAGUUCUGGCCGACAUUGAUGUACUGUAGGAACCAGUGCUUCGCAUUAUCUUUCCUUUUAGCUUGCGUCCAAAUAUUGGACUUUUUGUCUUUCCAUCACCUAUUUGGUCCGUGGGCCAUUAUCAUCGGGGAUCUUAUGAAAGACUUGGGAAGAUUCCUGGCAGUAUUGGCGAUAUUCGUGUUUGGAUUCUCUAUGCAUAUAGUGGCGCUUAACCAGCCAUUCAGAAACAUAUACAAACCCGAGGACAGUAAAGUCGCAGCAAGAUCGAGAAAGAGACUGUUCGCAGACGAUAAUAGUCUACGAACGAAACGACAAUAUCCAUAUGACACAUCUUGGCAAGACUCGCUGUCUGGCGAGUCGUACCGACGGAAACAAGGGCCCGGAGGACCGACGUUGACACCGGUCGAAGCGUUCGAGAAAUUGUUCUUCGCCCUUCUCGGCCAGCUCACGCUCUCAGACCUGAACUACAUCUCGUCGGUGCGGCCCACGUGGACUGCGAACCUGUUCAAGUUAGUCUUCGGGAGCUACUUGCUGCUGUCUGUCGUGGUGCUUGUAACGCUCCUCAUUGCGAUGAUGUCGGACACUUACCAGCGCAUACAGGCACAAUCAGACAUCGAAUGGAAGUAUGGGCUGUCGAAGUUGAUUAGAAACAUGCACCGCACCAACACUGCACCGUCUCCCAUCAACCUGGUUACCACGUGGCUUAUGUGGCUUAUUGCCAAGUGUAAGGAGCGUAUGAGCAAAAAGAAACGACCUAGCUUGGUGCACAUGAUCGGGCUGAAGAGAGAAGACCAGCUCAGCGCGAGGUCUAAAGCUGGAGCCAAAUGGCUGUCUAAGGUCAAACGGGGACAGGUGGUGCCUAAAGACUCUACUCGCCUAUCAGUAGUCCACCUCAGUCCUCUGGGCUCUCAACUAAGCUUCCAGAAUGUGACACGCAUUGAAAACGUAGUAGACUGGGAGAUCAUAGCCAAGAAGUACCGGGCUCUCAUGAGAGCAGACUCUGAAGAACCCACUUCGACCAAAGAGAAAGACGCUGACGAGGCUGAUGCUCAAUCAGAGAUCAUCCCUAACAAUAUAGGUGCCGGGCCUUGAAGAGAAGGUGAAGAACUUUGGAUUAAACCUAUUCAAGAAAGAAUUGUGGGAGAUUGCUUAGACCUAAAAAUUUUUAUAAAGAGAAUCCUGUUACCAUUUAGGUUGAUGCUCAAUCAGAGAACAUCCCUAAUAAUAUAGGUGCCGGACCUUGAAGAGACGGUGAAGAACUUUAGAUGAAAUCUAUUGAAGAAAGAAUAAUAAUUGUGGAAGAUUGCUUAGACCUAGAAUUUUUUAUAAAGAAAAUCCUGUUACCAUUUUAAUUUCGAGACUUACACCCGUAUUCUAAGAUGUUCACUCGACUCUUCCUCCACUUGAAUAGAGCUCAGCUGAGCAUUUUGUUAUUUUACGUUGACGAUUAUGUCCUUGACUUCAGGACUUUACUCACUGGCAUCGAGGAUAUUAUACUGCCAACAUAAUAAAACGAAAAUAAUGACGUCAUGCCUUACUGGAGUAAUUUCGAGAUAAGGUUGAGGCGCCGUUUAAGAAUACCGAUUUUAAACUGAGUCUGAGGAAGACCUUGACGUCGCCUCAUCUAAGGAAGGGUGUCAGUCUCGAAACUACUGCCAUUAUGACCAAAAGGACUCUCGUUACGGAUUUGUUAUAGGGAUUACAAUGGUGUUGUUAAAUUACUGCAUCACAUGCGUCAUGCAUGCAUGUAUGUGUAUCUACAUGUAGUAGCAAAUAUUGACGAGUUGAUGCGUGAAAUGAGGAAUUUUGUACGUUAUUUAAACAAAGCAUGAAGAAAAUGUAUCCGUGACGUAAGGAGACAAAAUUUAAAUAGGUAUGCUUACAUAAAUAUUUUAAGUUUUGUUUUAAAUGAGUUUGGCGGCCUAUUAGUGCUGCUUCCUGUACACAUCAUCUAAAUUUAUUUUAAGUUAUACCUGUCAUUUUCUUAUGCGCUGGAAAAGAAAGGUAUGGAUAAUCGACAGGCAUAAAAUUUAUGGACCGCACGUAAAUUUUAGGCAAAAAUUUAAAAAACCCUUCCAUAAGUUUAUAUUGGCCAAUAACCCGACCGAAUUAAGUUAACAGCACACGUGAAACGGGUUGCAUAAGAGCGAGACGCCUAUUUUAUUCGCCCGGGUUAUUCAUUCAUUAUAAAAUUGAAAAUUUGUCAAGCAUUCGUCCCUUUCCUUUUUGGGCGAAAUUGACAGGUAUAACUUGAAAUCAAAUUAGGAUGUGUCUGCAGGAAUCGGGGUAAUUGCAUGGUAUUCACAGUGCUGGAUACAAAAUAUUUGAUAACUAUUUGAUUGUAAAUUUAAGUUAUUGGUGAUGGGGCCGGAACCCAGCUAAUCCUUUUUGGUAUCAUGUUAUUAUAAUUUUAGUACUUAUUGUAGUAUUCUAAAUCAAACGUACCAACAUACUUAACAUUCAGUGAGUUUCUUUACAAAAUUAUGUUGUAUCUCCGAUAAAGGUUAACCACGAAUAAGGCGUAAAAACUAUAGUUAAACUGUUUAAUGGGUGCAUUAGUACCCAUUUUGUGGUCACGGAAACUGUUUUCACACUUUCAGUCGAUUUCUUGUAAAUGUGGCAAUUUCUUAUUUCUGUGGUGUCGUUACAGUACAAUCAUCGCCAAGUUACCAUUUCUCACAUUAUUUACUUGACGCUGACUGUACAAAACUGUAAUAAUUAUACUUAGAUAUCUUGUAAAUAUAAUUACUUGACAAAGCACUCUCUCUAGAUUAUUUCUAGUAGGUAUCAAUUUUAAUAAUUUCAGUAGAUAUUUAAAUGUGUCACUUAACUUAAGAAUAAUUUAUUUAAGUACUUAAUUAUGUAUUCAAUUUAUAUUUUUUUCCACUGGUGAGGUGAAUGUUUUAUAUUGCAUACCGUCUUAAGUUCGCUUAAUGUACCUAUAACGUCUUUUUUAUAUUUUUGACAUACUUAACUUUAAAAAAAAUGCUAUCCUUUACUUAAGUAUACUCUUUCCCUAGCCUUAUCCCUCGUUCCAUAAUAAAAUUUCCUCUAAAAAUUAAAUUGAUGAAUAAUGAAAAAUACUUUGAUCGGUUACUUAGUACGUAUCGUACAAAAAAGACUAACCAGUAGGUACCUACACAAUUAUUUUUCAUAAUAGGGUAUUUAACUGGGUCAAAGAUAAAUUAUAAAAUGCUAUUCUAGAAAUAGAACCCAGCUUAGAUUGAUCGAAAGUUAAUUAAGUAGCAAUGGUACAACGUUUGACCGCUUUAUUGAUAAUGUCACAGGACAGUACUUCCAUACAAACUCCAAAA